AUGGCUGAUAUCUCAACCGUCGAAACCACGUUGACCGUUCCCGAUGGGGUAGAACUAUAUACGAAGAGGUGGAAGCCGACAGGCACCGCAUCCUCCCUACUCGUCUUCGUCCAUGGAUUCAGCGAUCAUUGUAACGCUUAUGGGGAUCUCUUCCCGACUUUUGCACGCAAAGGUAUCGAGGUAGUAUCGUUCGACCAGCGAGGCUGGGGUCGCACGUCUCCAUCCCGACCGGACCACGGCCAAACAGGUCCGACGUCACUGGUCAUAUCCGACAUAGCUAGCGUCAUCGAGUCGGUCUUACCGUCGCCCGUACCAGUCUUUCUGAUGGGCCAUUCGAUGGGCGGAGGCGAGGUGCUAACCUUCGUCGACCGUGGCCCACCCGCCAUCCUCUCGCAGAUCCGCGGGUUCCUCGUUGAGGCGCCCUUUAUCGCCUUCCAUCCCUCCACGCAACCGACGUGGAUCAAAGUGGCGGUGGGGAGACUAGCCGGAAAGCUGCUUCCCCGGUUCCAGCUCACGAAUACGAUCGAACCGACGUUGCUGAGUCGCGAUCCGCAGGUGCAGAAGGAUUACGUGGAGGAUGCGCUGUGCCAUGACACGGGGUCGUUGGAAGGGCUGGCGGCGCUGAUUGAACGAGCGGAGGACCUUGCUUCCGGCAAGGUAUCGGUGCAUGAAGGGCGCGGAGAGGGGGGGAAGACGCGGUUGUGGGUAAGCCAUGGGACGGCGGAUGGGGUGUGUGAUUUCGACGGCACGAAGAAGUUUGUGGAGCGGACGAAGCUGGAGGAUCUAACGUUCAAGAUCUAUGAGGGAUGGUACCACAAAUUGCAUGCCGAGCCAGGUAAGGACAGGGAGACCUUUGCAGAAGAUGUGACGAAUUGGAUAUUGGAGCGGAGGGACCCCGAAACGACUGCGAAACCCAUGCUGUGAUGAAUCUAGUGACAAAAUUGGGAUCGGUUAGGUCCACGAAUAGUCACGGCCACGAAAAUGCAUGAAAUGAACGAAUCAAUGUCGGUGAAUUAUGAAUAUCGCCAGACCUUAGAUUGGACGUCUCGGAAAUCGUCGUGAUAUAUCAUGAUUGUUGUAAGCAUUACACGAAAAAAGAAUGCAAGCUAGGGAUCUUUGUUGAUGGAGAAUGGCCCAACCGUUUAUCGCUCCCACUGUACUUCCC